AUGAAACGCCGCCAGAUCAUUCCCAAACGAAAGCCAAUCGUUCAAUUGGAUGAUGAACCUCGCACUAAUUACGGAUUUGGUUUUAAAUCAGUAGAUUUAGGUAGUAAAUAUGAAUGUCUGCCACAACCUCAACAAAAUGCUGCCAAUAAAAAUGCUUUGUCUGGCCUGUUCAGUCAGUACAGCCAGGACUCAGAUAAUGAUGAUGAUGAGGAAGAAGAUGAUGAUGGAAAAGUUUCCCGAAAGGAAAUUCUCAAAAAUGCUGAUUUUACUUCCAAUAAAUCCGUUACAAAACCCAAGUCAAUGGGUGAUAUUGUGAGUUUUGUUCGAGCUACAACCGACAGCCCGUCCAGUCAGAAAGAUGAUUCCCCGAUCAGUGAUGUGCCUCAUCCUGUUGUAGACAGUGGACCUCCUAAUUUGCCAUUGACAUCGAAUCUGAGCAUCAAACCAAUUGAUGAGAUCGACUCCAAGUUGCUCGAUUUCUUUGCUGAAAUUGAAUCACUGGAUACUCCAGCGGACACAAACAAGAGUGAAGUAGACACCCUUCAAAUUGCCACCACCAUAAAAAGUGAUGGCAACGAGAAGGAACUUCAAAAAUCAAAUGCAGUCAAAACUGAACGGAUUAAUUCACCAACUAGAAACGAUGAUAUAAAAAAUGGCAUUCCAACAGAGACCAACAAUUUGAAACAUGAACAUGGUAGAUCAAUUGUUGGUGGUGGUGGUGGUGGUGAUGGUGGUGUAGUUCAGGAUUGCCCUCCACCUCCUCCUCCCAAACCUCAGCUUCCACAAGAGCCGACAUGUGAUUGGCAGGCAGUGCUCGACGACAACACCAACUGUUACUACUAUUGGAAUGGAAUGACAGGUGAGUCGAGGUGGGACAUCCCGGCUGAGUACUCCCAGUUCCUCCUGCUCUAUCGGGAAUAUGAAGCCAGCGUUGCUAAGUUUGAAGCUGACAUGCUAGCUUGGAAGCAGUGCCAAGAAAAGUAUCAAAAGUACUGUAACAGCCGAGGGAUAACUUAUUCAGCAUCUGGUGAACAAGCUGAAGGGAGCAAAAAAGACAAUACUCCUGCUCUUGCUAAUAACAAUAAGAGUGUCGUUACAAACAAAUGUAACGGUAACGUUGGCACCAGCACCAGCAACUCUAAGAAGAGCGUAGCAUCUCUUGUUCCAUAUAACAGUUUCAUAGAUGAUGAUGAUGAAGAUGAUGAAGAUGAUGAUAAGAAAAAGGAAAAUGCCUGCAUUAAGAAAGAUAGCGGAGAUGACAAACGUGAUGUGAGGAUGGGUGUCGAGGAUGUUUCAACAGCCAAGAAAAGAAAGCAUGACUCAUUAGAUACUGACGAUGAUCAUAAUCAGCAACGUCGACGAGGUUAUGAUAAUGAUAUCGACCAACAACAACAGAAUUUUUUGAAGAAAAUCAAAAAGUUUAAACAAGAUGAUCUUGUUCAACAUACAAUUGACGGUGAGAGUCUUUUUGUGAUUUCGGACGAUAUCACACAUGGAAUCAGACAAUUGGAGGAAGUGUUUAGCCUGUCGUCUGAGAUGCAAAAAUUAGUUAACCAGUUGAGUUCCGAUGUGUCAUCACCGUCAUCAUCGUCGUCAUCACCAAUGCAUCUACUCAUUAAAGUUCAGACAAGGAUUGAAGAUUGGAGAUCAGGCCAGCUGAACAUUAAUUACCUGCUCACCAAGUUGAGGGAAUCAUACGAAGAACUGUUAAAACUGCAGCAGCAGCAGCAACAAAAUCAAAAGCAACAACACAAGCAACACGAUCAGACACCAAAAGAAAUGCAUCAGAGUUUUGAAUUGGUUAAUGAUCCCAUUUACAGACGAAAAAGAGUGCUUUCACCUUCAAAUGGCACGAGAAACAACAAUGAAGACGUUUCAACAACUGAUAGCAGCAAUGAUCCCUUACCUGUUGCCGGGUGUCAACCGAAUGAUGAUGAUGACUUCAACAGCGAAAGGGACGACGACGACGUUGUUAAGACUGCACACUCCAGUAUUGACGUCACUCAAUCGCAACCCCCUCUUCCAUUAUGUGAACUGCCUACUCCUCCAUUACCACCUCCUGAUUCACCCAACCUAUCACAUCAGUUUGCUACUGAGGGCAGCAUGGAUGGUGUGGAUGACGACGAAGGUGAAGUUGGCGCCGGUGAGAGUAGUUGUACGAUUAUUGGACCUUCACUUCCGAAACAUUUUCAAAUGGCUGCCGGUGAAAGGGAGUUGUCGUCGUCACCACAGCCACCACCAACGUCAUCAUCGUCGAAAAAUGAUGAUGCAGCUGAUGAUGGUGACGCAUUUUAUCAUCGCCUACAUGACAACGGUGAUGAUGAUAAUAACGACGAUAACGACAAUGAUGAUAAUAUGGGGGAUGGCAAUGCUGGUUGCGUUGAUGCUGAAUCUGUUGUGACGUCAUUAUCGUCUCUCCAGACAGAAACACUAGCAAAUCAUGAUGAUGACGCUGAUACUUCAACUAGUAAGAAGACGAAAAAGAGAGCAAAGGCCCUGACUUCAAGUGGAUUGUCUUUGAAGAAAAAGAAAGUGGAAUCUUUAGUGGCCAAGUGGAAGAAAGUGGAGAAGGACGUUUCAAGAGAGGUGGAGAAGGAAAUGAUCAAACAGCAGAAGAUUGAGUCGAGGCUUCGUGGGGAGACCAAUCAAUAAUUUUCAUUACAACUCUUUGUCUCCUUGUCUGGUUAACAAGUGUUCACACCAUUCAUUUGUUUCAAUUUAUGCUGAAUUAAUUCAAUGAAAUGAUCAAAUUUGAGUUCACAAGAUAUAUAUGUUCAUUGUAAAAUAACUUCUGACAUAAAAACCAAUAAGAAUUCUGUAAAUGUUGAUAUUUGGUUGAUUUAAUUUUUGUUGAAAAAAAACUUUGUUUUUAAUAAAAAAAUUUAAACUAC